AUGUUCAACUACACUGGAGAAACGUUAUAUGCUAUAAUAACAGCCAACGAUAAUGAUGUUGAGAAGAAAGUCGAAGUUUUAACCGAAUUGAAAGCACAUAUAAAACGUGAAUUUGUUGAUCUCACAUCUGUUACAAAAUAUUUUGAAAGUUUGAAAGUCGCAAACAAAUCCAAUGACUUUAAAUUAUCAUCAGUUGCCUUUUCUACAAUUUGCCAUCUAAUCAAAAGAGUGGGUAUGCAAGACCCUCAUAUAUUAAGAGGAGUUUCAAAAAUUACACUUCCGAUACUAGUCAAUAGACUACUGGAUCAAAAACCAAACUUUAGAACGCAGGCUAAGAAUUCAUUAGAGACAUUUUGGCUAGCUACUCCAACUAUCGUUGAAACUUACUUGAAGGACUCAGCACUUAUCCACUCAAACCAGAACAUUAGAUCAGAAUCUAUAGUCUUCAUAUCAGAUCUGAUAGACUUGAAUAAAAACUUCAAUUUCACUCAGUUCCUUCCAAAUCUUGUCAACUUGCUUAGAGAUGAUUGCAUUGAAGUUGUGAAAAACACAGAAGUGCUGUUGAUAAAAUACUACAUCCUGAACAAAGGAAAAUCAUCUGAACUAGUGAAGGAGUUCAAGAACCAGAGGGUGGAUCAACGAACAGCGGUGAAGGUGUUAAAGGAAGUGGACCUUGUUGCUGCAAACUCUUAUACCUCAGAAGUUAAAUCAAUGGGAACAACAUCAAGAUCUACUAUCGAUUCUUUCAACAACCUGACUAGAUCCAGAAAUGCAAGAACUACAUCCAACAUAUCCAAACCAAAGGCUAAAACUUUGAGCACUUCAACUGAGCUAUCAGAUAUAUUAGCAAAUGUUCCAACUGCAAAGUUAGAUGAAUCAAUACAACCUAAAGCCGUAUCAUCUGCUCAGGAGUUAAGCAAAGAAGUGGAAUUGUUACUACCUCCUUUCAAUGGGAAGGAAACCGAAUUCAACUGGGGUAAUAGAGAGAAAAACAUUAUCAAAUUUAGAUCUCUUAUUGCUGGAAAUUCAGAGACCUAUCCGGAUGCUAUGGUGAAUGCUACUAGAUCUCUCAAUGAAGGUAUUUCCAAAUCGGUAACAUCAUUGAGAACAACAUUAUCAUCAAAUGGUUGCCAAUUGAUAAAGGAAAUUGCUGCUCACUUAACAAAACAUAUAGAUCCAAUUGCUGAACAGUUAUUCCAUUCAUUAGCCUCCAUGACAUCAGCCACCAAGAAAAUCACAUCGAUGAAUGCUUUUGGCUCGCUUUGUGUGCUUCUAACCAACAUCAGUUACAACAACAGACUUUUCAAUCAAUGCUUUGCCUUAUAUCAAGAUAAAAAUGUUCAACCUCGCUUAUAUUCAUCAACUUUUCUUCAGAUUUUUAUAUUGAAACAUGGUGCAAAAUUUGACCAACAGAAUUUAGACACAAUCCAAAAGUGGGUUUCAAAAGGUGUAUCAGACCCAAAUAUUAGCAUCAGAGAAUCAAUGAGAUCUACCUUCUGGAUACUAUAUAAAAGAUUCCCUCAAAUGGGGGAUGCAAUUAUUUCUAAACAAGAUACAAGCGUGAAAAAAGCAUUGGAAAGAUCAAAACCAUCUGAUAUUACCGCUUCAUUCUCAACAACAUUAUCCAGAUCAUCAACAUUGGCUAAUGAAAGAAAACGUCCGUCAAUCAGAGAUUUUGUUGCCUCCAAACAAAGAGAAAGAAGAUCAACUUCUGACUCAUCUGCCCUCAACUACAAUCACUCAAGAGAACCAUCUGAUAGUGCUCAGCCACAAGAUUUUGGGAACUCUUCAAAUGCUGAAAUAGGCAAACCAACAAGAAUUGGCGCUGCUCAAAGAGUCAGAGUUCCAAGUUCAGGAAAUUCAUACAUGCUACCAAGACAGCUAUCUAAAGGUGCUAGAUCAAGCUCACUCAAUACACAUCAACUGAAAACAGAUAACAAAAGUCCAGAGCCAAUAGAUACAACCGGACCUUCAGUUGUAACAAGGGCUGCAAGUGAGGAACCAAUCAUAAAGAACCCUAAUGAGAUAGAGGUGAUGAUGAAACAAUUGGGAUCACCGCUUACAAGGGAAAGAAUUAGUGGUAUUCAGAGUUUGAAAGAUCGCUUAAACCGUGGUGAGAAAGUUAGUGGACUAUCACAAAUUUUGAAAAAUCUGAUAAUUUUGGAUGGAUUUCUACUAAAGCCUCUACUCAAAAUCCCAGAAUUCUAUGACUUACUUGAUGUUACUAUGCUGCUAAAACUUAUAGCUGUGAAUAAAGAGGACAUUGGUAUUUUGGUCACCAGAUUUGAUAAAAUUGAAAUAAUAAAGGGAAUCAACGGUGUAAUCAGGUCAUUAGAAUCUCUUCAAUUUGAUAAUGCUCCAUCAACAAUGUUCCAUAUCAAGCACAAAAACACCUUUUUGGAUUUCUCAAUAAAAAAUCUUUAUGAACUUAUUUCAAGUGAUGAAUCUGUUGCUUCAGAUGAGAUUAUUGAAGAAACUUGUCAAUCAAUAUUUCCUCUUUCAAUCAGUGACUAUCCAAGAUAUGAUGAAUUGGUUGUUAAACUCAAUGGUCUCAAUGAAGAAUUGUUUGAAAAAACUCUGAAAAGCUCAAGCGCAUACAUAAAGUCAAAAAUUCAUAUGAUUUUGGAAGAUUUCAAGGAAAUUGUGGAAGAAAAGCCAAUGGAUGCAACUGAACAUGGAUUAGGUGAAAUGACGAUGAUCAACCCAUUGAAUAGAAAGCCUACUGACCCAACAACAUCUAUAAAAGCUGGUUUUGGUACCGAUAUGACAAUGAUUUUACCCAAUUUUAAACCGGCUUUAGAAAAGGAAAAUUAUGAUGAAGAUUUAGAGAUGAGGGAUUCGCAUGAAAAAGAUGUUGAUUUUAUGAGUGAUAUUUUUGCAAAGCCAAUUAAAAGAGAAAGCAUAACAGGGCAAAAUCCAGGGCAAAAAGUUGAACCUGAAUUUCCUGGUGAAAAAGUUCAACCACAACAAGAAGCUGGAAAAUUUACUGAAAACAUCGAAGAUGAUGUGGAUAUGGAAAUUAGAUCAGAAACUAAUAUUGCUUCACCUUUUCUUGAGAAUCCAACAGAUGAUGAUGUUAUUGAAGUGGAAAACAAGAUUAUAACUGAUGCACCAAGCUUGAGACCUAUAGAUGGUAAUGAUGACCAUGUCCAUAGUGAUGAGAUAACAAGAAAUAUAACAGACCAGAUCAGCGGGAUUCACAUCUCUCCACAGAAACCUUCAACCCCAGCCAAAGAUAUGUCUCAAAUAAUCAAUCAAACUGAUCCUUUCUUUAAUAAUACGAAAAAGCAUAUAAAAAUAUUUGAAGAUAAGGAACCAACAGAACCAACAGAGAGAAAGCUUACGGACUUGGAGUUGUCUCAUAUUGAAUCAAUUAUUUCAAGAGAAGAUGCACAAAAUUCUGAUGAGUUGAUAAAAGAUAUUUCAUCGUUGGUGGACUGUUUCGAGAAAGAUCAAGUAAGCUCAAAGGAGAUGAAUAAAAUGAUCAAAUGUCUACACAAAGUUAUUGGUAAGAAGGAAGUUUUGUCAUGGAUGAAAACUAGUGGAUACAAGCCAAUCUUGAUGAGCAUAAUAAAAUAUUUCAAUUUGAGUGCUAAUAUUACCAAAGAGUUGUGCUUCAAAGGUUUGAUUGUCUUUAAAGAGUUGGUUGUUUUGAACACACUUUUUGAAAACUUGUUGACUUUAACUGAAACUGUUGCUAUUUGGAAUAUUUUGGUCAUGGUUAUUGAGAACUUGAAAAACUUCAAGAAUGAGAUUUAUAUUGCAGCUGAUGAAAUUGUUGACGAAAUUCUAGAAUUGAAUUUGGUCAAUGGUAAGAGUACUAUAAGAAAUAGUUGCUAUGCUCUUUUGAAAGAAGGUGAAACAAAUAAUACACCUCUCACCUCAUUUUUAAUGUUGACAUUGAUUAAAUGCAUUGAACAUGAGAGUUUGUCCUUUGAUCAAAUCAAAGAGAUUGAUAAUAUUGUUUAUAAGUAUUUGACAAGUGAUGAAGUUGAAGUUAGAAGAUUGACGAUUAUAACGUACUCCAAGUGCAAAAAUAAACUUCAAUUAAUUGAUUCAAACUCAAUUCGAAAAAACAUCAAUGGAAAACUCAAAGUUGAAACAAUGGAUGAAAACAGAGAACAAGAUACUUUGAACUUUUUUGAUAAGUUGAGUACAUCUCAAAAAAAAUUGGUGGAUUAUUAUUCCAAUGCUUGA